CGAUCAAACAGUCCCUCAGAGACAAACGUAUCCGUUACCACGGUGACGUGACAGCGGACUGUGAAGACGAAUGAAGCCCCUAUUGUUCAUCUGACGUGACACAGAAUGAAGACGCUCAACGCAUCAAAGCUACAACAAGUCAUUUAAUAAACUGAGUGGAUCGGUUGAGAGCGUUUGUGUUCAUUGCGUCCUUCGUCUGGUCUGUGACACUGUGACCUUUGCUCCAGUGGAUUCAGUGAUGGUCAUGAACCGUGAGUCUGUAUGUGAAUGAUCUGGACGCUCACAGUGGUUGAAGCUACGGUGACGUAACAUGAUGCAACACUCGCCAGCAGCACCUCUGUCUCACUUGACUUCCUACUGAAGCCGCCACUUCCUGCGCUGACACACAGUUUCAACACAGCGUUUCUACGAAUAAAGUAAAAUAAAGGCAGUAAACGCUUCAACCAAUGAAUGGAUUCUGACAUUUUUAGACAUUUCUGACCCUGAGCCGAGGAGCGGCUGCUCACGUCCGUUAGGAGCAGGAGGCAGAGGUGCCGUAACCGUGGACGCCGAUGGGCUGAGCAUGGAGUGAUGCAGCCUCACUUCAGCCGUCCUCAACACAAGGAGGAAACGGUCACAUGAGCAGCUGAGACGAGGAAGAGGACGACACCAUGAUCCCACUGCUCCUGAUUCUUGCUCCUGUGCUUCGCUCUGAAGCUGCUGUGAAGCCCAUCAAUCUGUACCACGGUCCUGGAGACGAUGCCGUUCUGCCCUGUGUCUCUGUGUCUCACCUUGAUGCUCCAUCGUGCUCCAUCAUUAACUGGCUUUAUAACAAAAGGGAGGAACCAACACUUGACGAGGUUCAGAAUGGAAAAGUCAGCACAGAUUCGGUUCGAGCUGCACGACUGGAUGUGGACACAACGUGUUCUCUGAUCAUCAGGAACAUCACAGCUGAGGAUGCUGGUUUUUAUACAUGCAGACAGGGGGAGUACUCUUACACAGAAACAUUGUGUAUUUAAGUGUUCUGACGAUCUCUCCAGCUCCACCAGACGCUGAUCCAAAGAGUGAUGGAAACGUCACAUUGCUCUGCACUCUGUUCAGAAGCAGCACUUCGGGUCUGUGUGAACAGAACAGCUUCCGCUGGCUGGAUGAGACUGGAGCUGAGCUGCAGGAACUGAGACAGACUAACUGUGUCUCUGCUCUGAGUGUGAAACGCCAGCGUGGUCCCAACCGGAGGUUCAGGUGUCAGUACGUGGAGGACCAAAGCGUGAGGAUAGAGGUCCACUACCCACCAGUGUCCACAGAACCAGAUGCAGAGAAGAUCUACAUCGGCAGCGGUGUAGGUGUCGGACUCGUGGUGCUGCUCAUCCUCACGGCUGUUCUCAUCAAACGCAGGAAAAAGGCUAAAGUGACGGAGGAUCUGCAUCAACCAGCUGACGCCUUGGAGGCGCAGAGCGGCGUGACCUACUGCACCGUCAGCCACCACAAAGCAGAGGUCGCUCAAAGGCAGGCCAAAGACCACGACGCGGUGACGUAUUCUGAGAUCAGGGCCGCGACCGCAGACACCAACGACGAUGCCACACACCUGUACAGCUGCGUCAUCAAAACCCAGUGAAGAGGAACCGAGACACAGAGUAAAGUUACAAAGAACGGGCAGUGUUUUAAUUAUUUAUGCACAGGCGUCAAUAUGUGGUCAAUGUGAUCCACACAGCACAAUUACAAACAUUCAUUGUCAGACGUCAUUAACAUGUUUCACAUGUUUCCAGCUACUGACGACAUCCCCAUUCUUUUCUUGUUUUUAGCAUUUAUUGUUAGCAUUUUAGCAUGUGCGAUAAGUUUUGAUUGUCUGCUACACAACUUUUCUAUCCCUGUAUUUAAAUUCUUGCAGCUUUUUGUCUGUUUCCACCACGAUUAAAUAGAA